AUGCAACAGGCUCUUGUUGUUGGACUAUGGGAGGUUGCCAUCCUGUUUGUUGUCGGAGUAGGCUUUGGAUGGCCUAUAUUCGAUUAUUUCCGGGACCCUAAAAGGCUUCGUCGGUUCAGUGCUCCUAGUAUCGCGGGCUUCACCAACCUUUGGAUGAUGAAACAUCAGUGGUUCCAUAAUCGAGCAAAAGCUACCCACGAAGCUCAUAAGCGGUUGGGAAAAAUCGUCCGUGUCGGCCCAAAUCAUGUCUCCUUCGUCUCACGUCAGGCAGUCAAGGAUAUCUACGGCCAUGGCAGUCCAGCUACCAAGGAUAAAUUCUACAUGCAAUUUACUGGGACUCACGAGAGCAGCUUGGACACUACGGAUCGACAGGUCCACGGCGAAAAACGAAAGCGCUUGGCAGCUGCCUUUGCACAGAAGAAUAUCGUCGAUAUGGAGCACGUGGUUAUCGAGGAUACGCAGAAGCUUCUGAAGAGAUUCGAUCAGACAGCUGCCACUAGAGAGACCAUCGACGUCUCGUGGUUCAUUAACUUGUUCCUCUUUGAUAUGACCGGCGACCUUGUCUUCAGCCAUCAUUUGGGUUGUGUCGAGAGAGGGGAUGAUAUGAUGCUGGCUCAGAAGCUUGAUGGGACUGUAUAUGAGGUCCAUCCUGUCUCCGAUGUGCGCAAAUCCCUACGCAUCGGUUCUUCUCUUGGGUGGUACACGCCGCUGUACCAUCUUAAUAAGCGCCUUACCGCAUGGCAUGAAGGCUGGACCGGGGGAUCUAACUGGACGGCCAUCGUUCUUCAUAUGGUUCGAACUCGCCUAGAAAAGGAGAAAGAGGGCAAAGAGUUGAACGAUUUCUUCAAGGCCUUACUCUGGACCAAAGACCACGAACCCCUGGGCCUGGAAAUUGGAGAGCUGGUUGCGGAGUGCUCCCUUCUUUUGCUUGCUGGUUCGGAUACAGCUACAAUCGCUCUCGUCAGCACCAUUUUCCUGCUCACGAAAUGGCCUGAAGCAGCGGCAAAGUUGAGGAAAGAGCUCGACGACGCCAUUGAUGAGACGGAAGUUGUGCCUGCCUACGACGCGGUAAAGAACCUCCCCUACCUCCGUGCUGUUCUCGAUGAAACGAUGCGCAUGCGGCCUUCUCUUCCUGGUGGACUGCCCCGCUUCACGCCUCCUGAGGGCAUGAUGAUUGAAGGAGAAUGGAUCCCUGGAAACACUACCGUCUCCGUCCCAACAUGGUCUCUGCAUCAUAGCCCCGAGUACUUCAAAGACCCCGAGGUAUUCAAGCCCGAGCGAUGGCUCGCAGAAGAUGCCGCCGAGCUCCAGUCGACUUUCAUCCCCUUCUCCGCAGGUGGCCGUGCGUGUACUGGCCGAAAUGUAUCUUACCUGGAGCUCCUCGUUUCUAUAGCUACAUUGGCACGCCGUUAUGAGUUCGAAUUCGUGGAGCCGGGAUUCGAGCUUCAGACAGCGGACACUGUCAAUGCCCACCCUCUUGCUAUGCCGAUGAAGAUCCGUCGACGCAAUCUCAGCCCUGACAUUACAGAUUUAUUCGAUGCCAGACAGGUCUUACAUUGUUAA